ACUUUCUCGCUUUCUCAAGUUUCUCGCUGUGAUUCAUUGGAAGUUGAAAUGAAAUGAACUGAACUCACGCCGAACCGCGGGAUCCCUCCAUCGCCACUCUGAAUGAUCAGGUAUUUCCUCGAUAUGCGAGCUCGAUGGAAAUGAAGUCUAGGCGAAGCAAUUGUUUGAUAUAUCUUUCUUUCUUUGAGGAUUCAAUGGUAUUGAGACUUUGAGAUAGCAGAGAGAGCUUUCGGUUAUUGGAAGUUUGAGCGUAAUGGCAAUGAAGCUCUCGACGUUGUUUCUGAGCUCUGGCUUUGGUUCUUUGAAUGGAAAAGUAUUGGAUAAACCACAGUUUCCUUACUCUUCUCGUUGCUUGCUUAAUGCCUCAUGUAAAAUGCGACCUCGCCGUCUCAGUUCUCGGCACAAGAGGAAGCAUUUGAAGAAAGCCUCCUAUGAACAUCUGUCAGUGCAUGCUAAUUUCAAUCCAAAUGAUGAUGAGGAGUCUGGCACUGAGAAUGUGGUGGAGGGAGUUCCAAUUUUGAAUCAGGAGAGCUUGUCUAGUGCUGUUUUCAACACUAGUUCAGCUGUGCAGCAUGACACUGAGAAAGAAACCAGGAAAGUUGACACUGAAGGGCUGAAGAAAGGCGUUCAACUCGAAGAUUUGAUUGGGAUGAUAAAAAAUGCAGAGAAAAAUAUCCUUCUACUUAACCAAGCCCGGGUUCGCACCCUCAAAGAUCUUGAAAAAAUCCUUGCUGAGAAGGAGGAAUUGCAGAGAGAGAUAAAUGGCUUGGAAAUGAGAUUGGCAGAAACUGAUGCUCGAAUUGAACUGGCUGCCCAAGAGAAGGUACACGAGGAGCUGUUGGAAGACCAAUUCGAAAAGUUGCAGACACAGCUAAAUUUCAGUAGUGGUACUGAACAGAGCAAUGGAGGUAUGCAUGGAAAUCUGAACAAUGUUCCUAUUGAUUCUCUUACUAAAGAGCUUCAUUUACUGAGAUCAGAAAAUGUUAUCCUGAAGAAUGAUAUACAAACACUCAAAGAAGAGUUGUGUAAUGUUAAGAAUGCUGAUCAACAUCUGGAAUUUUUGGAAAAAGAACGGUCAGUUUUGGAGUCUUCGCUCAAAGACUUGGAAUCUAAGCUGUCAACCUCUCAGGAAGAUGGUUCAGAAUUGUCUUCCCUGAACGCUGAAUGUAUGGACUUGAGGAAGAGGGUAGAAGACUUGCAAGUUUUGCUAGAUAAGGCAACCGAGCAGGCAGAUCAAGCUAUUCUUGUUUUGCAACAAAACCAAGAGCUCCAAGAAAAGGUCGAGAAAUUGGAAGAGUCCCUUGAAGAAGCUAACGUCUUCAAAUUAUCUUCUGAAAAGUUUCAGCAAGAUAAUGAACUAAUGCAACAAAAGAUAGAUCUAUUGGAGGAUCGCCUUCAAAGUUCUGAUGAGGAAUUACAGUCUUAUAUCAAAUUAUAUCAGGAAUCUGUGAAGGAGUUUCAAGAUACACUGGAUACUAUCAAAGAAGCAAGCAAGAAAACAGCUAUAGAUGAGCCUGUAAAUGAUAUGCCUUUGGAGUUUUGGAGCCGUUUAUUGCUAUUGAUAGAUGGUUGGUUACUUGAGGAAAAGAUAUCGAGUGAUGAUGCUAAACUGUUGAAGGAGAUGACAUGGAAGAGGGAUGCACGCAUAUAUGAUGCUUAUAUGGCUUGCAAGGAAAAGAAUGAACUUGAGGCUGUGGCUUUGUUUCUUAAUUUGACAUCUUCUCCAAAACGUUCAGGACUCUAUGUCAUCCACAUUGCAGCAGAAAUGGCACCAGUCGCUAAGGUUGGUGGUCUGGGUGACGUCAUCACUGGUCUCAGCAAAGCGCUGCAAAGGAGAGGGCAUCUUGUGGAAAUUGUUCUUCCUAAAUAUGAUUGCAUGGAGUACAGUCGUAUAAAAGAUUUAAGGCUUCUGGAUGUGGUAUUUGAGUCCUACUUUGAUGGGCGGCUGUUCAAAAAUAAGAUAUGGGUUGGGACUGUUGAAGGUCUUCCUGUUUACUUUAUUGAACCUCAUCACCCUGAUAAGUUCUUCUGGAGGGCUCAAUAUUAUGGGGAGCAUGACGACUUCAAACGUUUUUCAUAUUUCAGCCGUGCUGCACUUGAGUUACUUCUUCGGGCUGGCAAGAGACCUGAUAUUAUACAUUGCCACGAUUGGCAAACUGCAUUCAUUGCACCAUUAUAUUGGGAUUUGUAUUACCCGAAAGGAUUGAAUUCUGCAAGAAUAUGUUUUACUUGCCACAACUUUGAGUAUCAGGGAACUGCCCCUGCUUCAGAUUUGGCUUCUUGCGGUCUUGAUGUUGACCAGCUAAACAGACAAGACAGAUUACAGGAUAAUUCUUCUCAUGAAAGGAUCAAUCCUGUUAAGGGGGCAGUUGUGUUCUCUAACAUUGUCACAACAGUAUCACCUACCUAUGCUCAAGAGGUGCGGAGAGCUGAGGGAGGGCAUGGUCUUCACGGAACGCUUAAUUUUCAUUCGAAAAAGUUCUUUGGCAUUCUCAAUGGAAUUGAUACUGAUGUGUGGAAUCCUACUACCGAUUCAUUUAUCAAAGUCCAAUAUAAUGCAAAUGAUCUUCAGGGGAAGGCAGAAAAUAAAGACGCUAUAAGAAGGCAUCUGGGGUUGUCAUCUAAUGUCAGAAAACCUCUGGUGGGUUGCAUAACAAGAUUGGUGCCUCAGAAGGGUAUACAUCUUAUCAGGUACGCAAUAUACCGAACGUUGGAGAUGGGAGGACAGUUUGUUCUUCUGGGUUCAAGCCCAGUUCCUCAUAUUCAGAGGGAAUUUGAGGAUAUUGCGAAUCAUUUCCAGAGUCAUGAUCAAAUUCGGUUGGUGUUGACUUAUGAUGAGUCUCUUUCUCAUUGGAUUUAUGCAGGAUCUGAUAUGUUGAUAAUACCAUCUAUCUUUGAGCCAUGUGGCCUCACUCAGAUGAUUGCAAUGCGAUACGGUUGUAUUCCUAUUGUACGGAAAACUGGCGGGCUAAAUGACAGUGUCUUUGAUGUUGACGAUGAGACAAUUCCUACCGAGCUUCGAAACGGAUAUGCAUUUUUAACUCCUGAUGAGCAGGGGUUGAAUAAUGCACUGGAACGUGCCUUUAGCCACUAUUUAAAUAACCCAGGUAGUUGGCAGCAGCUGGUUCAGAAAGUCAUGGACGUAGAUUUCAGCUGGGAAACUUCAGCUGCUCAGUAUGAGGAACUUUAUUCAAAGUCAGUAGCACGAGCAAGAGCAGUUGCCGCAGGUCGUGCGUAAGGAAACUAGUACUUCCUUUUUUAUGUUUUUUCUGGGCAAUCUUUCAUUCAUAUUCUAAAGUUCCAUGUGGGAGUGCCUGAGCAAUUAUGGUGGAACAUAAUCGAAUCCGAUUCUCAUUGAAAACUGAAGUUUAGACCAAAUUUGGUGGCUCAUCCAUGGUUUUAUGCUAUGCUACCAUGAAACCUCUGAAUUGGUCAAUUGAUCACAUCAUACUUUUGUACACUGGACGGAACAUUUCAUCGCCCCUUUUACAGAAAGGAAAGAGCUGUUGCUGAUGGCAAUGCCUAAAUCAUAUUCAUGAACCUGCUUUUCUUGCUAUAAGGCCAGGGGAAACCUGCCAUUUUUUCAUCUUUUUUUGACAUGUAGAUAAUAUUUUGUAAAUUAGUAUUAUACCCAAAAUCUUUAAUUGGAACAUUCGAAUAUAUCUUUGUCCGAUUUUUUUUUCCUUGCGUUAAA